GAACUAUUGGGUUGCGGCCUAUGGUUCCUUGGAGAUGAAGAAAAAAAAGUAUCGAGUGUUUCAAACUGUUCCUUGCUUGCAACAGCAAAAGAUGAGAAACCUUAUGGCAGGGGUGACCAAACUUUUGUAUUGCCCUACGUGCCAAUUUUUUCUCAAAACGAAACAGAGCAGAAAAAAGAAGCUGAACCGAAAGAACGGAAGGAAAGAAAGACGGAAGUAGAUAGGCAAGUAGUAUCCGGUAUCGGACUUUGGCUUCGGCAACCUGUUGACCCACUAGCCACUGAUAGAAAAUAUAUGUACAGGAAAGAAUGGUUCUUAACUUCUAGGAUAGAUAGUACUCGUCGAAAAAAAAGUAACAAACAAAUGGAUGGAAAAAUUAAUAGUGAUCUUUUGGUGCCUGUGAAAAAGUUUAGAACACAUCCGGGAAUCCUUGAACGAGUACUUGAUUCUUUACGUGUCACAAAGGUGUCAAGCAAACGUAGAAAUGGAAGGAGGACACGUAGAAAACCUCGUGUAAUCAGAAAAAUAAGAAAUUAUAAGAUGGUUGGUAUAUCUGCUACUCCACUCUCGGUUGAUAUCAAUAUGUUGCCAGCGAAUAUGCAAAUGGAAUGUAUUGAAUUGCAAUCAGAUACGCAACUCAAAGGAAUAUUUAUCCAAGUGUCUUUGUUAGACUUUUAUAAACUACACCUACCUAAAGAAAGAUAUUCAACACUUAACGAACAUGCGCUGUUCGUGAUGUUCUUUUUGAGAACUUACAUUAGGUGUACUCAUAGUAAUGUUUUUUGACACUAAAUUUGAUACUAAGUGUUUUUGAUAGAAAAUUUUAUUGUACCUACGAGUUAAUACAGUUUCUAUAAUAUAAUUUAACAAUAAGCACGCAAAUAUACUUAAUCAGAAUAUAGGUUAUGUUAUAAUAAAUUGAAUCAUUGUCAUUAGAUGGCAAUUAAAUUUGAAGAAAAAACACGACAUUAUUUAUGAGUAUCCC